AUGAGUGGGUGCGGUUGCAUAGUUUGUGUCCGUAGCAACAAUAUUAGACGAAUAGUCUGCUCUACCGUGGACCACUGGUAUCAUGCUAUGGGUCAAACAAGGAGCCGUCUAACUCCAGAAGAAAUCAGUGAGCUCAGAUCGACUACAUACUUCAGUGAGCGAGAACUGCAACAAUGGUAUAAAGGAUUUGUUCGAGAUUGUCCUUCAGGAAAUCUGUCACAAAAGGAAUUUAGAAAUAUAUAUCAGCAAUUCUUUCCUUCUGGUGAUGCAUCAAAAUUUGCUGACCUUGUCUUCAAUGAAUUUGAUUCCAAUAAAGAUGGAGCCAUCGAAUUUAAAGAAUUCAUUGCUGCGCUGUCAGUGAUAUCAAGGGGUAGCCUUGAAGAGAAGUUAACAUGGUCAUUUAGGUUAUAUGAUCUUGACAAGGAUGGUAAAAUCACCAGACAAGAAUUACUCAGUAUAAUGGAGGCUAUAUACACCAUGGUUGGUCAUGCAGUUCGACUGCCAUAUGAUGAAAAAACUCCAGAACAACGUGUUGAUCAGAUUUUUUAUAUGAUGGAUAAGAAUCAUGAUGACCUUCUUACACUGGAAGAAUUCAAGGAUGGUUCAAAACAAGAUCCGUCUGUUGUACAAGCAUUGUCACUAUAUGACGGUCUAAUGUAAUGAGAUAUAGACCAAAAUGUACCUCUACAGCAUGUUAUGAUACACAAAUACUGCUAUCAAUUUCAACGCAUUGUGCUCUUUACCUGAAUUUCUAAUAACAUCAUUAGUUCAGUA